UUGACAAACACCUCCAAAGAGAUGCAGGCCUAAAGAUAAUGAACUCAGUGGUUAAUCGUUUUAGUAGCAAGACUUUCCUUCGCUACCUGGACAACUUCUUCACAGGAAACUCAAAUAAAAACACCUCCAGCUGUCCAGUAUUGAGAAUAUUGUGA